AUGGUUCGUGUUCAAUAUUUCUGCAAUCGCUUGAAAAAUCCGGGAGAUUGUCAGCAGCACUCAUGCCCUGUGGCGCAGUGGCAAGUCCCAUUGCUGCAGGAGCAGGCCUUCAUGGAUUCACUAGCUUCUUUUUUGGAUUGCCGCCUUGCUGCUGCGGCAAGGAGUGUUAUGCAGCCCGGGGUAACAUACUCUUCCUCGAGCAUUUGUAGCAGCAGUUUAAGCAUUUGGCAGGAUGCUUGCCCACAGAGCUACUGCGCCUCUUUAACCACUGCGGCCAACAUGUGGAAAGCAGUCGUCACUGGGAGCAGCACCGGACCUCUACUGGAUUUCCUCCAGGUGUCCGCGUCCCUUGUGCCCAGCAACUUCGAGUUGGCCAUGAGCUCUAUGGCCAUGGAUGCCACGAAGCCAGCGGCAGCUUCAGAGCUCCUGAAUGUCAGCUUCAGCCAGCCAACCUGCGUCGCUCUGCCAUGCACCAAGCAGCGCGCAUCGCAGCAGGCCUUGGCGGCCAUGGCACUUCCCUAUGCCCACAUUCCAGAGCCGCGUGCUCGACUUGCGAUAGAAGGCGCAGCUCCGCCGAAGUUGCUUUGCAUCGAGCCCGCGGUUGAUGACAGCCUGGACUGUGACGAAUGCGCAGCACCCACGCACGCGGGCUCUGCAGCCGUGGAUGACAUUCAGCCGUCCUCAUGGAUCUCAGCUUGGGACAGCAUCAAGGAUUCUGACUGCGAGUUCUCCUCUGCCCUCUUCGUGUCUCCAAUAGAUGUGCAAGAUACGCAGAACGAGGAUUUCGACAAAGGAUCUGAGCCAGAUGCUGAAGCUGUGGAGGAAGCGCCUACAAAACUUCUCAGAGCCCGCGCUCGCCCUGUCAAGCCUUCGUCUCCACCUCCAAAGGUCUGGAGGCCUCAAUGCAGAUCUGUGCCUCUCGUGGUACGCGCGACUGACAUGCUGCAGGCUCCCUGUGACGAUGAUGAGGAGGAGGAGCUCGACAGACAAGAUCCCAAGCGACAGCGGGAUCACAGCUUGAAUCGACCAGGAUGUGCUGUCAUUGAAGUCCAGAGGGAGAUCCACUCCGAGAGGAGCGAGGACAACAAGAGGCAAAGGCGAAGACCAAGAAGUUUGUCAACAACUUCCGCCAAGCCACCUCUGCUGCCACCCUCUGCCAAAGAGCUUCCCCCGGUCAAGAGCUUCUCCAUUGGUAGAGAUGCUCCAUCGAAGUCCCGACUUGUUAGUAGACACCGCGCUGCAAUCGCAGCUGCAGCCGCGCUAUCACUGGAUGCCGAAGCUCCAAAAAGGACAUUCCCAGAAGCUGAGGCCUUGCCAGUGCCAUCACUGGGCGGAGAGGUCCAAAAGCAUGGCGCCAUCUCCUUACACAAAGCACGACCCUACACAAGGCAUCGUGCAGCUAUUCGUGAUGCGCGGGCACUCUGCCUGAAUGUUGAAUCAGACAUUGACAGGCUAGCAGCACCACGAUUAGUGAGAGUUCAGUCGGUCCCGAAUGAAGCAGCGGCAUCAGAGGCCACCAAGGCCCCCAAGAGGCCUCCGCGGGCAACGAGCGAGACCCGACAGCGAGCGGUGUCUUCAUCAUGGAUGCGAGCUCAAUUAGACGCUGGUGUCAGGUCAUCCAUGCCAAUGCAUGAUGGCCCAAAGUGA